AUGGCGGCGUACGAGAAGCGGCGGGCGGCCGCCGCCCUGGCCCCGGCCGCGGCCCCGGCGGCCGGCAGCGGGCUGACGGAGCCGGCUGGGGCGGCAGGCGGCGGUCUGGGGAGCGAGGCGGAGUUCCUGCUGCGGGCCGGCGUCACUGCCAUGGUGCGAGAGGCGCUGCUGAAGGUGCUGGAGGCGCGGCCCGAGGAGCCGGUCUCCUUCCUGGCUGACUACUUCGAGCGGCUGGUGCUGGGCAGCCCCGAGGCCACCGCCGAGCUCCCGGGGCAGCCGCAGCGCCUGGCCCGGGCGCUGUGGUACGUGCGGCUUGCUCAUCACUCCCACAGGACAGCUUUCGACAGCAACGCCGGCGCGGCCUACGAGGUGCUGGGUGCCGGCGGGCGGCGGCGGCGGGCGGGCGUGGACGGGCGGCUGUACAGCGAACUGCUGCGGCGCAUCUGCCAGCACGGGGCGGCGCCGGCGGAGGCGGCGGCCGCGCUGCUAGGCCGCGUCCGCUGCCGCGAUCACGAGGCAGUGCCCUUCGACGUCUUCCGUUACGGCGUCCUGACCUGCUUCGUGCUGCUGGAGUUCGCGGCCAAGGCGGAUGCGCUCUUCGGCGUCCUGGAUGGCGGCUCCGGUGCCGCUGACAGCAGGGUGUGCCAGGCCGUGCUGCGGGCGCUGGAGGAUGCCCUGGGCGUCGGCCACUUCUCCGUCCCCAGCCGCUACCUGGAAGCAGGCUCCAAGCUGGGGCCAGACGGCCUGGCCCUGGCCAUGGACCAGGCGCUGCAGGAGAGGAAGAUUGGUCCCUCCAUGAGCAGAGAGGAGUUCCUGAGCAAAGCCACUGCCUUGUUCGUGGCGAAAGUGAAGCCUGUCGAGUAAUGGCUGGGGUGGGAGCAACGCUGGCCGUGUCUGCACCAACCUCUUUGUGGGGCUGUACGAGCCAAGGAGGCUCCAGACCCUGGUGCCAAGCUGGACAGUGGGCACAGGGGCUGCUCAUGCCUGCCUGAGAGCCCAGCUCUGCCUGCUGAAAGACCCCUGAUUUCCACCCUUUUUUCCUUCUUCAAUCAUGACAGGUGCUGGAUGUGUCCCUGUCCUCUGUGCCUGUCCCAGCUGUGGCUCCUCUGAUCCAGCUGGCACUAGUAACUCCUUUUCAGGUGUUACCUGGGGAUUUGGAAGGAGGCCUGGGAGCUGUAGGGCAGUGUUAAUCAUUAAAAAUGAGCUAGAAUGAAGUAAAUGUAGGGCUGGACCUC